UUGGGUAUUUCUUAUAAUAAAUGGUGUUAUAUAAUCUAAGUGAAUAUGUGAUUAUUGUAAUUUGAUUAUUGUAAUUAACAUCCAUUAUCAAGAUGGACAUCAUUUACAGUUGGUGGAUUAUCUGGUGUUUAUUAAAUCUCAUUUUAAAUGGGAAAAUUGGUCAAGCGCAAGAAGACAGUUCCACAGAAGAUCCUAUUACUGAUCCUCCCACUUUCGAUAAUACAACAAUGACCAGUACAACAAGUGAUUUCACCAAUAAACCAGAAGAGGAAAACUCUACCACAGAUGAUACUAAUUAUACUACAAUCCCCAGUUAUUCUAGUACUUACAUAAUCACAAACGAUGUUGAAAUCAUGAAUCAAUUGAAGCUAGACCACUAUGGAAAAUCUGUAAGCACUGGAUGGCCGUAUCGUCCUACUGUGCGACACCUCAGUACUAUGCAUCCACGAUCCUGCCCCGCGAGAUUUGAAUCCAGGACCUAUCCAUCUCGCGCUAGAGCGCUUAAUAUUUUUUAGUAUAACUACUGUACAUUGAGGAAUUCACUCACAACGUUUGUCGGUUUUCUUUCUCUACCUUUUAUUUCUUUAAAUUCUGCUCUCAGCUACAAAUUUAAAAUGUCAACGAAUAUUCUACAUGAUAGUUGGAUUGAUCAGUCUAAUGGCAAUCAAUUAACGAAAAAAAGCACUCAUUCUCUGUAAUCAAUGUAUAACUAGUUUCAUGUAUUUCAUAAAACAAUUCAUUAAACUAUUAACCGUAAACUGUUAGUAACAGUAAUUGAAUAGUUACCUUUCUCCCCUUUUCUUGUAAUAUGAACAUUUUAUUGAUUUAAAUCAGAGUAAUUAGUUACCAAAUUUGAAUGAUGUAUAUUUAAAAAAAAAUUUUUCAAAACUAUAAUAGAUAUCAUAC